AUGAAACCUUCUACUUUCUUCACUCUCGCCCUCCCAACCGCCCUGGCGUUUGACCAGAAGUGCGACUUUCGACCUGUCAAUGGCGGCAAUAUGCCGGGACAGAACGCAAAGCGUUGGACUAUUACUGGAAAAAACAUUGGAGACGAAGUCGCUGGGGAUGCAUUCUGCAAUGGCAUCAAGGAUAACCUGAAGUGCCUCAAUGUUGACUGGAACUGCAAGAGCGAUGGCAAUCGCGGUUUGAAGCUCUCGUUUGUUACGAGUGACUGGUGCGGUGGGGAGAAGAUAGAUGAAGCAUGGUGGUUUGCUACCAAGAACGGUUUUGGCCCUCUCUGCUGCAAAGGUGGUUGCUAA